CGGCUGGCCGGAGCUGCCGCGAUGGCCCCUCCGUCGGCGCCCGCCCAGAGGCCGUGCGCAGAGGGGUUCUCGAGGGUGCUGCUCAGCGUGGACCAGUUCCGCGUGGUCUCUGCGGACCUCACCCACGGGGCGGUCUCUGGCGGCGUCUGCACCGUGGUGGCGUGCGCCCUGUUGGGAGUCCUGCUGUUCGCCGAGCUGGGGGCCUCCCUGAGAGUUAGCUACUCUACGAACGUCGUCAUCGACGACGAGCUUGACGAAUCGCUGAGGAUCGAGUACGACACCUCGGUGUUCGACCUCCCCUGCAAGUACCGGGAAGUGGGCUCGUGGGACAAGUGCGGGAAAGACAGGUUCGUGACCAACAAGUGUUUCACCCAUAGCACUCUGGACCACUGGGGGGGCACCGCGGGCGCCAAGUACACCGAGGCGGAGAUCGCGGUGCUCGAGCAGGCGGACGUGGCCUCGGACAUCGCGGAGGACGAGGCCACGGAGCUCGACUCGGACUGGUCCGCCAGCAGCGACCACUUCCAGCACAAAGACUUCCAGGCGGCGGCGACCUUCCACGACUACACGCUGGUGAACUUCUACGCCGAGUGGCGCAGUCACUGCAGGCAGUUUCUCCCAACAUGGAUAGAGGCGUCGGACAAGAUCGGCGAGAAGAUGCACGUCUCCGACGGCGACGGGCGGCAGUCCACGGUGAAAUUCCUGAAGACGAAUUGCGUGGACUUCCAGGACAACUGCAAGAAGGCCAAGAUAGCAGCCUUCCCGACCCUGCGGUUUUACAAGCGCCACGGCUCCUUCGAGGUUGUCCAGCAGCAUCGCUCCGUGACGAACAUCGUCAGUUUCUUGACGUCGUCGAUUAGAAACAGCCACUUGAUUGUCGCCCGUCAUCACAUGAUGUUCAACGAGGGAUGCCGGGUGGCCGGCCAGAUCCACGUGCCCCGCGCGCAGGGAUCUCUCCACCUCCAGGCGGAGCCCUUCGGCAAGAUGGACCUGAACCCCGCCAUCACGAACGUGUCGCACCAGGCGUGCGACUGUUACUGCUCCGGCUCCUGCACGACGGACUGCGUUCAGCCCGCGGGGACGGUAGCCCUGGCGUGCGAGUGUAUGUCCUACCCCGACAGCGGCGAGCACAACAUGUUCAGCGUGACGCCCUGGUCGGCGGCGGGGUACGUGAAGGAGGCGGCGCUGUUGCACACCCGUGACCCGGCCGAGAUCCCCUCCAAAGAAUGCGGUGCGGACUACUUGUGUGAGCUCACAGGCGUGUUCCUGACCGACGGAAAGGUUCAGCUGCGCCUCAAGGUGGGCGCGAAGGAUGUCGUGCCCUCGGCCCCCGCCACGGACGACAGCCACACCAUAGUGAUGAGCGCAAACCAGGACACCUACAGGACAGACAUGAAUCUCGUUUCUUGCGCUACGUGCACCGCCAAUGGCCUUGCUCCCAAGGUCAAGGCUGCCGUCGUCGACGCGUUCGGCAUUCCGCGGGGCUUCGUGACUACGAUCCACGCCACGACCGCAUCUCAGCCGACCGUGGAUGGGGCGUCGCAGAAAGACUGUAGUGGCGGCAGCGCGGAGGUCGAGGAGGGCGGCGGGGAAGUCGAAGAAGAGGUGGCGGACGAGAUCAAGGACCCAGAGACGGAGCUAAAGCUGGAGAGCGCGAGUCACGGUGCGGAGCAUCUUGCCUAUCAGAUGAAGCACGGUGCGAUCCACGGCAGGUACGAUGGCACUGUCGAUGUCGACGGGGACUGUCUGGCGAUCAAGGGCAAGCAGGUGGCGCUGUCGCACACCCGUGACCCGGCAGAGAUCCCCUUCAAGAAGUACGGUGCGGACUACGUCUGUGAGUUCAUCAGCAUGUUCCUGACCGACGGAAAGAUUCAGCUGCACCUCAAAGUGGGCGCGAAGGAUGUCAGGUCCUCGGCCCGGGCCGCGGACAACAGCCACAACAUGGAGAUGGGCGCGAACAAGGACACCUACAAGACAAACAGGAAUUGCGUUUCUUGCGCUACGUGCACCAUCAAUGCCCUUGCUCCCAAGCCGACCGUGGACGGGGCGUCGAAGAAAGACUGUCGUGGUGGCCGCGCGGAGGUCGAGGAGGUGAGUGAGGGAGUCGAGGAGGAGUUGGCGGAUGAGGAGACCCGCAUCGCCACGAAGGACGCAGAGACGGAACUCAAGCUGAAGAACACGAGUCUCGAUGCGGAGUAUCUUGCCUUUCAGAUGAAGCACGGCUCGAUCCACGGCAGGUACGAUGGCACUGCCGAGGUCGACGGGGACUCCUUGGUGAUCGAUGGCAAGCAGGUGGCGCUGUCGCACACCCGUGGCCCGGCCGAAAUCCCCUUCAAGAAGUACGGUGCGGACUACGUUUGUGAGUCCUUUGGCGUGUUCCUCACCGACAGAAAGAUUCAGCUGCACCCCAAGGCGGACGCGAACAAGGUCGUGUUCUCGGCCCUGGACACGGACGACAGUCACACCGUAGUGGAGGGCGCGAACCAGGACGCUUACAAGACAGACAUGAAUGACGUCUUUCGCGAUUCCAAGGCGGGCAUCAUGCUGGACCCAACGUUCGUGAACCCCGUCGAGGAUGAGUGCGAGGAGGAGGUGGCGGCUGAGGUCAGGGAGGGGACGGACGCUCAAGCGGUAGAGGAGGCGGGGCGGCACGCGCCGGGCGGCUCCAGCGCCAGGAUCGGCGCGCAGCUUGACGCCGCGUGGUGGGACACAGUGGACGUGCCAAACAGUCUCGGACACAAGGUCGCCACCACGCGCCGCGUCCCAGCUGGACUGCAAGGUGCUUGGGCCGAGGCCAUGGGUAAAGUUCUGAGGGAGAGUGUGGGUGGGCAGACCGCCCAGGACCGGGAGCGUGCUUGGAAAUUUGUCAUUUUCGCACCUCGCUUAAUAUUUGCUGCCACUGGAGCCCGGGGUGGGCGCGGGGCCAAUGGCAAAAGGGCCAAACACAUCAAGAAUGACAUUGCUGAGCGCCUGCAUGCAUUUUGGCGCGGGGAGUGGCAAGAGCUGUGGGAAGCCGCUCACAGGCGUGAGUUGCGAGUGGGCGCUGCUACUGCCGUGGACGUGACGAGCAGGGUCCGCCGCGUCAACACGCUACUCGAAGACGGGCAGGUGGCAGGGGCAGUUGCAACGCUCCGGAGGUCCGGCCAGACAGCUGCCGGCCCAGGCGUCCACGAUCGGCUCCGCGCUCUCUUCCCCGAGGCUGACACUUGGGACGCGGCGCAGGACGACGCGACGGCGACUCCGCUCGCAGCGGAGACUCGUCAGCAGCUCGGGGACGCCAUCGCCGCAGCCUUCAGGAAGGCCAAGGGCGGCCGCGCGCCAGGUCUGGACAGCAGCCGCAAUGAGCAUUGGCGCGUGCUGGCUGCCGACACCGAAGCGGUCGACGCGUUGGUGGAGGCCGCCCUGGCCUGGGUGGAGGGUUCCUCGCCGCCAGUCGUGGACGAGUGGCUGCGCACAGGGGCCAUCACGGCGCUCCACAAAGCCAGCGGCGGCGUCCGCCCGCUCACGGUCCUUGCGCCAUUCCGCCGGAUCGUCCUGACCGGGUUCGUGGCCCACACCAAGGCUGCCACGCGGGCCGCGGCAGGCUCGUACCAGUAUGGUCUUGGGGUGCCUGGCGGCGCAGAUGUUCAGUUCAUGGCGCUGCAAGCAGCUGUGCACGAUAGGCCGGGCAGCGUGCUGGUGGCGGUGGACGUGUCCAACGCGUUCGGCACGCUUGCGCGCCAGGGAGUUAUCGCAUCCUUGCGAGGGGCACUCCCUGAGUACGGAAGCCUGCUUGCGAGACUCUACGCCAGGCCUGCCGUGGGUUUAUGGCGCGACGGCACUGGUGACACGCGUGAGCUGCGCACCGGCGCCGGGGUGCCACAGGGGUGCCCGCUGAGCCCGGCAGCGUUUGCGGCCGCCUUGCACCAACUGGCGCUACAGCACUUCUCUGCCAGACUGCAGUGGCUCGUCACCGCCUACCUGGACGACGUCGUUGCCGUGGUGCCGAGCGCAGAGGCAGAAGAGUACCUGCGACAGUUGUCUGGGCUGCUGGGCCCUGGCGGUCUUGUGCUGGACCCAAGCAAGACGAAGGUGUGGCUGCCCCCUGGCACUGCGCACUGUCCACCCUCCCUCCGGCAGUACGUGAAGGACGAGCUCCAGGUGGUGGGCUGCAGUCUGACGCGCCGACAGGACGACGACUGGGACGCCCUGGCCGCGGGAGCUGGAGGCGGGGUGCGUGCCAUGGGCGCCGCCGCCGAGACGCUCCGGGCUUUCGGGCAGACGCUCCGGGAGGCGAGGGCCGCAGGACUGGGGCCACAAGAGGCAACGGCGAUGCUGAGGUGGACAGCCCAAGGCUUACCGAACCACCUCCUUCGCGCGCACCUGCAGGACCUGGUGGCCGUCCGGGCCUAUGACACGGUGCUUCGCGGCCUCUGGAAUGACGUCCUGGGCGUUGACAUGUCCGAUCGGGAGUGGGUGCAGUCCUGUUUGCCCCUCCGGGAUGGCGGUCUCGCGGCCGGCGCGGCCGAGCCUCGGCGGGAGGCGGCGCACAUCGCCGCGUGGCUCGACGCCGCCCCGCGGGUUGCGGCGGCGCUUGGGGCCCCCAGCGCCGAGGCUCUCCUCGCCGCGCGCGCUGCGGGCGCGCAGGGAUUUGAAGCCGCUGUGGUGACGUACAACGCUUCGGUCGGCGCUGCCCACUGCCUACAGACGUCGCUGGCCCAGGGAGAGCGCCACCGACAGAAGGACCUGGUGGGCCCGCGGAUGGAAGUGAUCGCAGGCGUCGCCAAAGCUGGCCUGGACCGCCGCGAGCGCGGCCGCCUGCUGUCCGCGGGGGGCCCAGGUGCUGGCGCCUUCACCAUGUUGCCGACUAAGCCUGAACACAGAAUGGCUCCUGAGCUGUACCGCAUCUCGUUGCGGCGGCGCCUUCUGAUGGCGGGCGCGCGGCUGCUGCGCGGACUGGAACCGCAGACGCACUGUCGAAACACAUCCCAAGGGGGGGUGCUUUGCGGAGCGGUUCUGGACACCGACCAGCACCACGCCUUGGCGUGCGAGACGGGAGGGCGCCGCGUGGCGCGACACGAUCGCAUUCGCGACCUGCUGGCCCGCUGGCUUGCCCGGCGCGUCCCAGCAUGGGUCCAGAAGGAGCAGACUGUGCCCCAGUGGCAAAGGACCCGCCGAGCUGUCGUGGAUGGGGUCGAGACUGCGCGCGUCGAGACGGCGGUCCUUGACGUCGUCUGGGCCCGCCAGGGCUGCACCAGGGCGGUGGACGUGGUCGAUGUUAGCCCGGACAGUACUGACGAGAGGGAGGCGCGUGCUCGGGCGGCGAAGGCUGGCCUCGCCGCGGAGGACGCGGCCCGCGACAAGGCGCGCCGGUACCCGCCGGGACCCACGACACCUUUGCUCAUUCCUUUCGCGAUCGAAACUGGGGGACGAGUGGGCUCUUCUGCGAGACAGCUGAUCCUGGAUCACCUGGACCGCUCUGACGGAGAGGCAGGAGCGUCUGCCGAUGCGGUCGCUUUCUGGCAAGAGCUCAGUGCUGUUCUGCAAGCGGCGGUGGCUGAACAGUUACUCAGCGCCCACAAGCCCCCUGUCGUCGGGGGCGGGCGCUGA